CAUGACUUGCAGCGUAUGGCGUCCGACUAUUUUAUGGAAACAAAACGAAGAAUGCAAUGCAGAAUCGCAAUAGUGCAGAAUCACACUGGCACACGUUGGAGCAUUUACUGCGCAUGCUCGACGCGCAAUGUCCAGCCUUGCCAAGACCUGCCCCUAUUCUUCACCAAUGAACGGGCAAAUUUACAAGCGGCAUAAGCGUUUCACUAUGGCCGAGACUGACGGUGACAGCUAGCGAAUGAGAUGUUGUUGACAAAACACUGAAGAUCUGCUAAAUGCAACGCUUGUGCCCAAACGAGAAAGUCUUUUCUUCGAUCCUGCUAAAAUCAGGUGGUUUGUUUGUAAAAGCCGUUGGGAGUGAAGCUACCGGCUACAGCUACAGAUAUUGGAGAGGGCAGAUCUGUUUAUCAGAACUAACGGCGAUAACGCGCGACCUUUCUGGAUUGUAGGCUGAUAUAAGGACCGCGCGAGCGACCGGAAAAUGAACCAUGGCAACCGCAUCUCUCGGGAAAGAGCUCGAGCGCACUUUUCAUCUUUUGCGUUCAUUUGCCCUUUUUGGGGAAUAUUUAAUCGGGUAGUUUUAUGUGGUUUACAGCAUUGUACGACGUUUAAUUAGUUAUUGAGUUGUUUUUGUAAGUGAUUAUUUGUAGUGCAUCUGACGCAAGAUAUGGAUAUUUGGACUUGGUUGCGUUAAAGGACCCUUUGAUGUUAAAGGACAUCAUAAUGGAUCAAGAUGACAACCAAGAAACAUGUGAACCCCCUCUGCAUGCCCUUUACGGGCCUAACCGGAUCCGGCCGUCAUCGUACCGGGCUCUGCGAAGUGCCGUGUCCAGCCUGGCACGAAUUGACGAUUUUUUCUGUGAAAAAAUCGGUUCCGGGUUCUUCUCAGAAGUCUUUAAGGUGCAGCACAGGAUCACAGGGCAGGUGAUGGCUCUGAAGAUGAACACACUGGCCAGUAACAAAGCCAACAUGCUGAGAGAGGUGCAACUCAUGAACCGCCUUUGCCACCCCAACAUCCUCAGGUUUUUGGGGGUGUGUGUUCAUGAAGGACAGCUUCAUGCUCUUACAGAGUUCAUAAAUGGGGGCAACCUGGAGCAGCUGCUGGACAGUGACAUAUAUCUGUCAUGGAGCGUGAGAAUAGGUCUGUCUCUGGACAUUGCAAGAGGGCUGCAGUAUCUACACAGCAAGGGCAUUUUCCACCGAGAUCUUACAUCAAAGAAUUGUCUGGUCCGUUGUGACAAUGGUGCUUUUACUGCUGUGGUUGGGGACUUUGGGCUGGCAGAGAAAAUCCCCGAUUACAGUGAUGGUGCUGAAAAGCAGCCUUUGGCUGUUGUGGGCUCCCCCUACUGGAUGGCACCAGAAAUGUUAAGAGGAGAGCUGUACAAUGAGAAGGUGGAUGUUUUUGCAUAUGGAAUAAUCCUUUGUGAGAUUAUUGCUCGAAUUGAGGCUGACCCAGAUAUCCUCCCACGAACUGAGGAUUUUGGACUGGAUGUGGACACCUUUGAGCAAAUGGUGGGAGACUGUCCACCGUCAUUCCUUCGCCUGGCUGUCAAUUGCUGCAAUAUGAGUGCAGACAGUCGUCCUGCCUUUUCUGAAAUAGUAGUGACACUUGAGAGGAUAGAGAGAGAGAGGAAGAUGAGUGAAGCUCCAGUCAUCCUAGAACCCAUUGCUGUUGACGUCAGUCCGUACAGGAGGAGAAGCUCGCCAUGCCAUCCUGGUGACCAGCGUCUGUCCCGUAGUCAAUCAGACGUAUUGCCCCCUGCCACUUCACCGUGUUUAGGCACGCCUGCACGGGUCAACCCAUUCUCUCUUCGCCAAGACCUCAACGGUGGUCGCAUCAAGCUGUUUGACACCCCUAGCAAAUCUGUCAUCUCUCUUACCUUUACCCUUCCACCACCUCCAGAUCCCUGUGCCUCCCCAUCACUAAACGGGAGCCCAGGGCUCCGAGGUCCCCCUCGAAGGUGUCGUUCCCUGCCGUGCACCCCCGAGCUGGGGCGACAGCUACCCUUCCGGGACCAAGAUGGCCAAGAAGAGGAGGAGAGGACUGAAGAACUGAGAGAUGGAAUGAAAGAGAAAGAGGCAGAAGGACGGCAAGAUGCAGUGGAGGACUCAGGCCUGGUUUUGGACUUAGAUAUGGUGUCUUUAGAACGGGUAGAAGAGGAAGAGGAGGAUGAAGAGGUGGAGAAAGAGGGACUGAGCCUCACAGAGCCCAUGGACUGUAGCAGCUCGCCCGACACGGCAGAAGGAAACGUGUCAGGGAAGCGGCUUAUCAGCGGUUCUUCUUAUUCCUCGUCCUUGCAGUCCAAUGGUUGGGCUACACCCAUCUCUAAUGGACCACCGUUAUUACCUCCCCUUCCCCGUUUGGACAAUAACAAUGGACUACUGAGGCCUGGGCGGCCGAUGGCAUGGGCAAGACUGAACGGUUACCGAGGCCCCGCUCCGGAGCCUUUACCGCCCACUAAUGAACAUGACGAUGUGAUUUCAUGUCCAGCCUGCUGUCUGGCUGGGUUCAGCUUCCCUUCUGUGUGCCUGCGUGGAGCUCCUCCCUCACGCUGUGGACCUCCACGACGACCGUACAGGACCUUCAGCAGAGGGGAAGCAUCCGCAACCACAGCAAAGGGACUGCUCUGUCGGGGAGCAACGGGUCUGGCUCCAUCCACAGCUACUUGUGAGCCAGGGUUACCCCUACCAGAGGCCCAGACCUAAAGAUGACCACUGCAACAUCUCAGAAACUGCAAUGCCACACAGUCAGGCCACUGGUCUGAUGUCAGGAUGGUUAUCUUAGUGGAUGCAGUGUGGGUUGAAUUAAAGGGAUAGGUCACCCAAAAAUUAAAAUUCUGUCAUUUGCUCACCCUGAUGUUGUUCCAAACCUGUAUGACUUACUUUAUUCUGGGAAACACAAACAAUGUUUUGAAAAAUGCCACACUGUUUUUUAUCUAUAUGGUGAAAGUCAGUGUUAUUUAAUUGUAUGGAUGUUUAAAACAUUCUUAAAAUGAUCUUCUUUCUGUUUUACUGAGUAAAGAAAGUCAUAGUUUUUGACAUGAGGGUGAGUAAAUAAUGACAGAAUUUUUUAGGGUUACACAAUAUAUAAAAAAAUUCAACGAUAGUGUGAUAUGGUUUAGUGCGAUUGUCAAAAUGCAUAGGUUGAAAGAUAUUCACUAACAAUUUCAGAUCGAGCACGUGUCUAAAUGAACAGCGCCGCACUUCACUCUGAAACCAGCAGUGCAUAUAUUUAAAAAAUACUUUUAUUAUAAUAAUUUUAUGUUUGUACUAUAAAAUAAACUUAUAUUUAUUAAAUGCCCAAUUUUAAAAUUUCAUUAAAUGCUGUUAUUACAGUAUAUUUAUUGUUUUGUUUAAUAUUUUUAUUUAAUAUCGCAAAAAAAAUCAUAAUAUUAUAGUCAUUUUGAAUUAGACAAAAACAAUGGCAAUGUGGCCUAUGAAAACUGAAGUGGAAAGAGAUUACUUUAAACUAUGUUUAAUUUAUGGUUAAAGAAAGAGGUUUAAGUUGUUUCUUGUGAAUUUAAGUUUAAUUAAAAAAAUGUUUUUUUAAAAAUCCAAAUUGGUCAGCCCUCAAAAGGAUGAAUCACAUUAAAAAAAUAAAAAAUAAAAGUGUGGAUGCACUUAUUGUAGAAUGAUUCCGCCCCCACCCCAAAAUAUUGCACAGUAUUCAAGCCAUCUGCUGAAAAGUCAUUUUGUUUUCAUAUUGCACUAUAUAUAGCAGUAAAACUUUUUGUUUUUGGGUGAACUAUCCCUUCAGAUAUAUGUAUGAGACACACACAGGAUAGAAGUGAGGAAUGAAAGGCAUGCUGGUUCCAUAGUGCCAGUUCUUUAUCAUGGUCUUUUUUGCCGUAAUUCAGAAUAACUUAAAACCAUUACUGUACAAUAAUGGCUGCUUUUUAUUGUGUGCUCUUUUUGGCUCCAUAAAUGUUUGAUUGACUGAAAGCCACUGUGUUUAAAAAGAACAAAUACUGUGUUUGUAAGGGAGACCUACAUGAUAAUUGUGGCAUGUCAAGCAUUUUAAGUGUAUUAUCUGAUUUAUUUAUUUAUUAGAUAAGCAUUCCUCUGAAAGACUGAAUGCUCUUCACUUUGCUGUGAGAGUGAACUAGGGUGUGUGACAAUGAGUACUCAUGCCAGACAUUAGUUGAGACAUUUUUGUGAUACAUGUGUAUGUUUAGAUGCAAUGUAUGCAGUAACUCAUGGUAAUUAUGUAAAGUGUACUGUUUAAUAGGCAUUUUUUAAAUGAAAACUUAUACAUUUUGAGUUUUACACAAAAUGAAGAUGUGCAGGAGUGCUUGUAGAAGAUAGCAGUUUACAUUUUAUUUUUAUCUCCCCCUUGUGGUCUGGAGGAUACACUCUUGUUAGAUCACUGCUGCUGUAGAGAAAAAAAAACAGAUUUCUCUCACACAAGAGAUGUUAGAGGACAUUUACCUUCACUUUUGAUCUAGUUCAGCUUUUUUGUGAUGUUCAAGGUAUGGAAUCGUAUUUAAAAAGCAAAAGAGCAUCUUGCACAGUGUUUUCUGAUGCCACUAACAUUUACUCAAGACAAUUAUGACACACCCCAGCACAAAUGAUUAAUUUUUUUUUUUUUUUUGCUUUGUGUUUAAACGUGAGUGUAAAUUUUCACAGGAACCUAGAUUCGUUUUGGGUCAAAACUAGUAUGAAACAGUAAUUCAUAUUCACUCUAAACUGAAUGUUUGCAUUAGUUUAUGCAAAUUCUGAGAUUCUGCGUCUGUUAUGCUGAAGUGUUUCUGAAGUGUGGAUUCCGCCAUAGAAACACAUCCACUGAAUUUCCUCAUGCUUGUUUAUGUACAUCUGCUAAUGAAAUGAGCAUAGGAAGUAUCUGCAUGCUGAGUACUGUACAAAAGAGUGAUCUGUACAUAUCAAUGCAUGACAAUAGACAAGAAGCUGUCUAGCACGUUAAAACUUCCCUUCAGACUGGCAUCAGAGGUGAAGUUGUCUCAAGGCAUUUUUGUCUUCUGAAUUCUGAGAUGAGAUAUGGAUGCAAUAAGUGCUCUUGGUUUAAACAGUAACUUAUAUUUUUAAUAGUUUGGUAAGGAAUAUGUUUGAAGGAAUUCAUUAGGUAUUUGAAAAGUAUGCAUUUUCUAAUACUAAUCUGUGAGAAUUGGGCUGAAGCUGAAGCUCAGAAGCUGAUAAUGAAAAGUCGGCUUGAUUAUGACUAUAAUUUUCCAUGCACAGAAGAGAUGAAAGCAAUUUGAUCACGUGUAUUUGAACAGCACAGACAUUCAGAACUUGCCUCCUUUGUGUCAGUGAUGAAGUGAUGUUAUAGUGGAUGAGACGUGGAUGGAUUUUUAAGGUCCAUGUGUCAUGUUACUGUGUAAACAUUUGUUUCUUUCUAAGAGAGAAUGUCUUUCUCUCUGAAAGCAAAGCACUUAUCACUAUGAUUACUUUUACUAGUUCUGGGGAACAGCAGCUUUAAUGUCAGUGAAUUGUUAUUUAUGAAAAUGUCAUAAAUUAAAAAAAAAGAUUGAAUGUAGAAACGCUGUCAUUUUUUUUUUUACAUUUAAAACGUAUUUGAAAUGUUUAUAGAAAUUGUUUUAGCUACAGAGCUGAAUCAGAAAAUUGACAAUCAUUGUGCCAUAAUCUAGUGUAUAGAGAUCAUUUCAUAUAGAAGGGCUGUUGUGUUUAUUGGAACAAAGGUUCCAAUUCGGACUGCGUAUGAUCCCAUUGCCACUCUCUUGAUACCCUGUCAGCAAAAUUCAGAUCAGACGGGAACAAGAUUGAUAGUAGGGUUUUUUUCACUAAAAAUGUUUAAUAUGUAAAAAUUUGGAAUAUGCAUGAAAAUAAUCAGGCUGAUACAUCUCAAAUUUAACAAAACAGACCAGAACCACAUUUCCAAAUAUCUAGAAUAAGUCUGGAAAACCAAAGAAUUCUUCUCACAACUUUAUUUUGAUUUUUUUAAAUAAAGAAGGAAAACAUACAAAGUGAAAGACACCCAUUGUCAUUCAUGGAAAAUCUGUACAGUGCUAAAAAACUUUGUUAGUCUAAAAAACGGAAAAAGUUGAAAAUAGACUAAAGGUUUUGAACAAUCUAUGUUUUUUAUCCGCUUCAUACAUGGAUUCAUGUGGAAAAGUUCAAAUUGUGUGCUUGUAGAAAACAUUUGUGUAGGAAUAUGCUAGUUUUGGCAUCUUUCAUAAUAGGUAAUACCGCUGUAAACAUACCAUCUGUAAACAUAAUUGUUUUGAAACAUCUGAACUUCUGAGAUACAUAA